AGUAGUCCGUGAGGAAGGAGUGACCGACCAGAUUGAAAUCGGCGUGUCCGACCCGAGAGGAACUUCAACUUUAUUCGUCUAUUACUCAAUUACUGUCUUGCCUCGUUGAGGGCCCCAUCCUGAGCGUUCGGGAGCCAUAGAGAUAACAUCAUGGAUCGACUGAAGAAGGCGAGGGCUCCAGUUCGAGCUUCCAUUACCAAGACGGUGGAUGGUGUAGUUGCUGAGUUGGCGAAAGAUCCAAAGGACUCGAGAGAACUUACCAUCAAGUUAAGGAAGUUGGAAUCCCUGCAGACGUCGAUCAGAGAACAUGAUGAAAAGGUGCUUACCCAGAAGUUGGAUGACAAUUGCACGGCGGAGUCUUAUGGGGAGGAGAGUGCAGUGAAUGAAGAAUAUUCAGAUAGAAUCAGAGUUUCUAUCAUGGAUAUUGAGAAGAUUCUUAAUGCAGAAAUCAGUCCACCAAGUCCGAGUGCAAGUAGCAGCUAUGUCACCGUGAAUGGGGAGCGUAUCAAGAAGAAUAGAAACUUCAAACUGCCCAAGAUCGAGCUACAGAAAUUCGAUGGGAGUUGGAAGAGCUGGUUGGGGUGGUGGGCUCAAUACCGUCAGAUUCACAAAGAUGAUGAAUUGCAAGUAAACGUGAAGUUUCAGUAUUUGAUUCAAGCCAUCGUCCCCGGAUCAGAAGCAGAAAAAGUGAUCAAGAUUUAUCCACGGUCGGAUCAGAAAUAUCCUUUGGUGGUUGAGAAGCUGAAGUCCCGGUUUGGUGAUGAGAAGAUUUUACGCCAAAUUUAUAUUAGAGAAUUGUUGGGCCUGGCUAUCAAUAGCGCCGUGGAUUCAAGAGAAGAUGCCGACGUGGUAGAAUUGCAUGACCAGUUGGAAGGUCAUUUGAAGAAUCUGGAGUCUUUGGGGAAAGUUAGUGAUCCAAGUGAACUCAUUUAUCCAUUAGUGGAAUCCAGUCUGCCACAGCAAGUGUUACUCAGGUGGCAGAAUAGUAAUUUGAGGGUACGCGAGAAGAAAUCAGAUUUGUCUUCUGCUACCAAUUUAGAAAACCUGAUGGAGUUUUUGCGGCUGGAGGCACAGAAUGCCAAAGAAAGAAAAUUUGUGCUGUCAACCUUCAGGCAAAGUCCAGUCAAGAAUAGAGAGAAAGUAAACGUGUAUGCAGAGAGUGAAUGUGAAGAUUUCCCCACUGCUGCCGGUCUCUAUUCAAGUCAUCAAGCUGAGCAGCGAUGUGUCUUUUGUGGAAAGUCGAAUCACAAAAGUCAGAAGUUCUAUAAGGCUCAGACAUUACCUCUCGAGGAGAAGAAGAUCCUGGUGAAGGAGAAUCGGGGAUGCUUCAUCUGCCUGGGAAGAGGACAUUAUGCAAAUGACUGUACCAAAGAGGUCAGUUGCCAAAUAUGUGGACGGAAACACUACUCUGUGAUGUGUCCUGGUCAGGUCCGAGAUGAGGAAGUGACGUCAAUUAAUGAAGAUGAAUCAAGUAGUAGUUCGGUGGAAGAAACCACCACAAACUUCAGUCAGGAAUGCAAGAGCAAAGCCGUCCUGAUGAAGACGCUCCGUGUUAUGGUGAACGGAGCAAAUAAAGCCAAGAAAGAAGUCCGGCUACUUUUCGACGAGGGAAGUCAGAGGUCAUACAUCAGGACGAAAACUGCCCAGGAAUUGAAAUGUCAAGUAGUGGACAAGUUGACUCUUCAGAAUAGUUUGUUCGGUGGACAUGUGACCAGCACCGAAGAAAGGAAUUGUUAUCGGGUCAACGCCAGCGGUAUCGAUAGGAAGGAUUGUAAGAGGAUGAGUCUCCAGUUGGUCAACGAGGACUUUAUUUGUGGAGCAUGCCCAGCGAUCCCACCUGGCCCUUGGUGUAAAGAGUUGGCUCGGAAGAAGAUCCACACGACAGACACUUCAGCGUCCGAAGUCGACAUAUUGAUAGGAAGUGUUCUGUGGGGAAGUUUGAUGACCGGAGGAAUGGUCAAACUUGGAUGUGGAUUAAUCGCCGUGGAAUCCGUGUUUGGAUGGACUAUCAGCGGAGUGGUUCCAGGUGUCAAGAAUAGCAAGUUGAAUUGCGCUGGUGUUGUAAUUAGUUCAAGCAAGAGCUCUGUAGAGAAGAAAACUCAAGAAGAGCAUGAACGAGUCAAGAUCUCACAAGAUAAACGUGUAAAGGUCGACGAGUUGAGACGGUGGGAGCGAAGUGUUGUGGGGGUUCCCAGAAUCGGCCAGCCUGCCAUGAGGGGGUGCGGAUUGGGAAACGACAACAGCUUCACUCUGAAGAAGUCAAGAUUACUCUCGACAACACAGGUACCUGGUCCAAUUAGUGACAAGUACACGAAUAAGUCGUCGUGUGGGAAGAUGGAAGCUUGUAACCCCAUCGGAUUCAGUCGUCCAGCCUCUAUGUAG